CUUUUUUAUUAGCUAAAAAUCCUAAAUCUAAACCCUUUCCUCGUUCCUCGUUCUUCCUUCAUCUAACAAGAGAGAAAAAAAACAGAGACAGAGAGAUGGCUGGUGAGGAAGAGAACAGCGAGUUCUACCUGAGGUACUACGUGGGGCACAAGGGUAAGUUCGGGCACGAGUUCUUGGAGUUCGAGUUUCGACCCGACGGGAAGCUUCGCUACGCCAACAACUCCAACUACAAGAACGACACCAUCAUCCGCAAGGAGGUCUAUGUCACGCCUGCUGUUGUCAGAGAGUGUCGUCGUAUCAUUUCAGAGAGCGAGAUCUUGAAGGAAGAUGAUGUCAACUGGCCAGAACCUGACCGUGUUGGGCGGCAGGAGCUUGAAAUUGUAAUGGGGAAUGAGCAUAUCUCCUUUACUACUUCAAAGAUUGGAUCCCUUGUUGAUGUCCAGAGCAGUAAAGAUCCUGAAGGUCUUCGCAUCUUUUAUUAUCUUGUUCAGGAUCUGAAGUGCUUUGUGUUCUCACUCAUCUCUCUCCACUUCAAGAUCAAGCCUAUAUAAGAUGCAACCGAGUAUCAAGUGCCUGCCAGACAAGUUGCAUUCAUGGGUUGUGUAUGCUUUUCCAUAGAGUUGACAUUUUUACCAUGUAGGCCUAAUCAUUGACAGUUUUUGUAAUUUUUGGUACUUGGAUGAUUAUGAGACUAUUAAAAAAAUGAUUAUGAGAGGGGAUUUCGGAAUGUAUGCCAAAAUGGAAUGCUACAGUUUGCUGCAAA